AUGAAGUAUGAUGGGACCCAAGACCCCCAGGAGCACCUAACGACCUUUGAGGCCAGGAUGAACCUGGAAGGGGUGGGCGAUGAAGUAAGGUGUCGCGCUUUCCCUGUAACCGUAGCUAGGCCGGCAAUUCGUUGGUUCAAUGCCCUCCCUCAAGGCUCCAUAACCUCCUUUGCCGACAUCAGUUGCGCUUUCUUGGCUCAGUUCACUACACGUAUCUCCAAAACGAAGCACCCGAUCAAUCUGCUGGGAGUAACACAAAAAAUCGGCGAGCCGACCCGGAAAUACCUGGAUAGAUUCAAUGACGAGUGCUUAGAGAUCGACGGCUUAACCGAUUCGGUAGCCAGCCUAUGCUUGACCAACGGGUUAUUGAAUGAGGAUUUCAGGAAACACCUUACCACCAAACCCGUUUGGACAAUGCAAGAAAUUCAGAACGUGGCUAGGGAAUAUAUCAAUGAUGAAGAAGUCAGCCAGGUCGUGGCAGCCAAUAAGCGACAGCCCGCUUCCUCCAAUGCUCGCCCGCUCAGUGGCGGGGAAAGGUCAAAGGAGCACUCCAAAGACGGAGGAUCAGCUAAAACCUUCAAGUCGUUUCCCCGGGUAGGAAAGUUUACCAACUAUACCCCCCUGACAGCUCCAAUCGUUGAAGUCUACCAGCAGAUUACAGACAAGGGCAUCUUGUCGCAGCCCCGACAACUCAAGGAUAGGACGAGAGGAAAGAAAAACCUCUGUUGCGAUUACCACAAGGGCUAUGGCCACAAGACCCAAGACUUAUUCGACCUUAAAGACACCCUGGAGCAGGCCAUUUGGGAGGCGAAGCUGGCCGAUUUCUCCCACCUUAUAAGGGAACCGAGGAGGCGGGACCACGACCGGUCCAGCAAGGACAAAAACUGCGCCGUGAGACAAAGACGAGAGCCUGAGGAGGAUAAUGAACGUGGCCUCACUGUUGUAAAUGUAAUGAUCGGGAGAGACGUUCCCCCUAGAUCGAAAUCGGCUAGCAAGAAGGACGCCAAGGUCUUAGCUAUGUCUUCUGGCUCCACGCUGCCCUCCCAGAGGGUACCGUCGAUAUCAUUCGGCCCCGAAGACCAAUGGUUUGACGAUGCGACAGAGAACCCUCAACCGCCCUGGUAA